UUCACUCUUGCCUCCCACCACGCCUCAUCAGCCAUGGCCGCCUCCUUCCUCCGACCUCUCCUCCCUCCCAAACCCUUCCUCCCUACUCCCAAACCCCAGCUCCCCCUUACCCCCACCACCGCCGUGCGCUGCACCGCGUCGCCCAAUUCCAAACCGCCCACUACCAUCACCACAAACACAAAGCCCACCCAGCAAGAGCAAGAACCCACCCCGGACGAGGCCAACGCGAACCCCCGCAGCAUCCCCGACGACGAGACCCCACCGUCGGCGACGGCGACCACCUCCUUCUCGGUGGUCCGCCGCAUCCCGUCCGCCAUCUCCACGGACGGCCGCCUCCGCCGGACGGCGCUGACGCAGGAGGAGCCGCCCAACUUCGAGAUCGGCUGGAAGCGCACCAAGCCCGUGCCACCGGAGAAGCCCAAGGGCUGGGCCAUCGCCGACUUCCUCGAGAAGCUCGAGGGCCUGAUGGCGCGCGGCCGGUACGGGUCCGGCCCGCUGCUGGGCACCGUGGCGGGCGUCGUCACGGAGCGCGCUCGGGAGGAGGCGGAGAUCCUCAUGGCCGAGGGCGGCGUCGACGAGCGCGUCGCCACCGAGCUCUUCCGCGUGCUGCGCCUCGUCGAGAUGGACGUCGAGAUGGUCAAGGCCGCCGUCAAGGAGGACACCGUCAAGGAGCGCGUCGAGACGGCGCGCGCGCGCUGCCGCCAGGCCAUCCUCGUGGCGCUCUCGCUCUGACCCGGACCUGCACUGCACGCAC